CUUGUCAAAGGGAAGUACAGUACUGCUGGCGCGUGAGGUUGUGACCACCCGAGCUUUUCAGCCCUUGGGUGACAGGGCAUACCAAGGCGUACACCCAAGCGACAAGAAAUAUGAGGCGGCAUAAGCUUGGUAGCUCGGACCUAGAGGUUCCCAUCGUUUGCCUGGGCACGAUGACCUGGGGCGAGCAGAACACGGAGGAGGAGGCCUUCGCGCAGCUGGACUACGCGCUCUCAGCGGGCGUCAACUUCAUCGACACUGCCGAGCUCUACCCCGUCCCUCCCCGGCCUGAGACGGUGGGGCGCACCGAGACCUUCAUCGGCAACUGGCUGGCGGCGCGCGGCUGCAGGGAGCAGGUGAUCCUGGCCACCAAGGUGGCGGCCCCGCUGCCUGGAGUUGACCGCAGCUGGGUGGUGGCGAACAGGACCUCCCCCCCCGGCGAUCUCGCCUCCGCCCCCCAGCCGCAGCUGGACGAGCCCUCCAUCCGCGCCGCCCUGGCCGCCUCACUGUGCCGCCUGCAGACACACUACGUAGACCUGUACCAGAUACACUGGCCCGCCCGCUACGUGCCCCUGUGGGGCAAGCGGCAGUACCGCCGCCAGCUGCAGCGGCCCGCAGUCAGCUUCGAGGAGCAGGUUCGUGUAAUGGGCGAGCUAAUUAAGGAGGGCAAGAUCCGCCACUGGGGCGUGUCGAAUGAGACCAGCUACGGUGUCGCCCAGAUGUGCGAGGCCGCCCGGCGCCUGGGAGUUCCCCCGCCCGUGUCCAUCCAGAAUGACUUCGCCCCCGUGUGCCGCCACUUCGAGGAGGAGCUGGCGGAGACGUGUGCGCCGGGCGCAUACAACCUGGGCCUGCUUGCCUACGGUGUGCUGGCCGGCGGCACCCUGAGCGGCAAGUACCUGGGCGGGGCGACACCCGCGGGCGCCCGACACACGGACUUCCCAAACUUCCAGGCCCGCUACCACAGCCCCGCCACCCAGGCCGCAGCCGCCGAGUACGCCGCCCUAGCCGCCCGCAAGGGGCUCUCCCCCGCCGCGCUGGCGCAGGCGUGGGCGGCCAGUCGGGAGUAUAUGGGGGCGGUCAUCGUGGGGGCCACCUCCCUGGAGCAGCUGAAGGAAAACAUCGCGGCGUGUCAGUUGGAACUGGACGAGGAGACGCUCGCCGAGAUGGACGCCAUCCACCUGCGGCACCGCAACCCCAACGACCUGGACUAGGGAGG